UGGCCGAUUUAUGAUUUAUCUAAUGUCAGACCCAUUAAAGGCCCAUAAAUAAAGCCCAAAAACAAGAAAGACUCGAGAGAGGUUUGCUCUGAAGAACAAAUUCACGCAAAAAUAUAAUUAGCGCUGUCGGAUUCGUUUGUUUUGGCUCGCUCCGAUCUGCUUGGGGGCGUGCGUGCGUGCUUCCUCAAUGGCGGCACGAUCCCUGUGGAGAACCCGUGCGAGGUUCCUCGUUCUUGGCUCCGCCGUCUGCGGUGGUUCCGGCGCCGCCUUCGUUGCUUCCUCCGAAGACCCGUCCAAAACUCUCAAGCUUUGCACCAACAUCCCCGUCCGCCUCUUCCGCAACACCGUCACCGCCGCCUCCAUCGCUUUCGAUUAUGAAUAUUCCUUGUUGGGUUUGGCUGAGGGAAGCAGUGAGAGAGCUCAGGUCAAACACGAAGUCCACCUAAGGUCAGCCCAAAAGCUUCAAGAGCUCUGUUUCAAAAACGGAGGAAUCUAUAUCAAACUUGGCCAGCAUAUUGGACAAUUAGAUUAUCUUGUCCCUGAGGAGUAUGUUCGUACUAUGAGGGAGUCGAUGUUGAACAAGUGCCCUGUCUCUUCGUAUGAGCAAGUAUGUGAGGUUUUCAAGAAAGAGGUUGGAGAGACGCCAGACAAAGUAUUUGCUGAAUUUGACCCUGUUCCAAUUGCUAGCGCUUCCCUUGCUCAAGUUCAUGUUGCUCGCACCCAUGACGGGAAAAAAGUUGCUGUCAAGGUUCAGCAUGCGCACAUGACAGACAGUGCAGCUGCGGAUACUGCAGCUGUUGGAGUUAUAGUGAAUACCUUGCACCGGAUAUUCCCAUCAUUUGACUACAGGUGGUUGCUAGAUGAAAUGAGUGAAAGCUUACCAAAGGAACUAGAUUUUUUGGUUGAGGCGAAGAACAGUGAGAAAUGUCUGGAUAAUUUUAGGAGACAGUCUCCCCAUAUUGCAGAGUAUGUUUAUGCCCCAACGAUCUAUUGGAACCUGACCUCCUCUAAGCUAUUGACUAUGGAGUUCAUGGAAGGUGCUCAAGUGAAUGAUGUGGCUAUGAUCAAAAAGCUUGGGAUUCAGCCCUAUGAAGUGUCAAAGCUAGUGAGUCAAACUUUUGCAGAGAUGAUGUUCAAACAUGGGUUUGUGCAUUGUGAUCCACACGCAGCCAAUUUGAUUGUUCGUCCAGCUCCUUCUGGUAAAAGAAACAUAUACGGCAAGCAAAAACCACAACUGGUGCUUCUUGACCAUGGCUUGUACAAGGAGCUUGACUUCAACACGAGAUUCAACUACGCUUCACUAUGGAAAGCCCUGAUCUUUUCGGAUGCUAAUGCCAUCAAAGAACACAGUGCGAAGCUAGGCGCCGGAGACGAUCUCUACGUUCUUUUCGCCGGGAUUCUUACAAUGAGACCGUGGAAGCAAGUCAUCGACUCGUCUGUGGAUCAUUUAGUCAUCCAAGGCACUAAAGAAGAUCGCUCGGAGCUACAGAUGUAUGCGUCACAGUAUUUCCCUCAAAUCUCGGAGCUUCUCAGGAGAUUGCCACGCGUGAUCCUUCUGAUGCUGAAGACGAACGACUGUCUCCGGUCGGUUAACAACGAGCUUUUGCAAGGAUCGUCGCUUGAGUCUUUCUUGAUCAUCGGGAAAGUGUCUUCAGAAGCGGUCAUGGAGGCGAAAUGGUCACAGAAGAAAUCGUUGGUGAAAUGGUUGAAGGUGUGGCUUGAAGGAUUCUCUGUGGAAGCAAGGCUCUGGGUAAUGCAAUUCGCACUUUGGCUCUUACAAUCUUGUCGUCACUCAAGUCAAAUCUGUCUCUCCUUCACAGCCGCGACACUUUUGUCUCCACCGCUCGAAAAUCUCCUGCUGAUCGCUAAUUACAUCGUCUCCGACAGUGAUGGUGUCCAAAAGCCAGUUGUUGUCGACCCUCCUUUACACAACGAAGCUCCUCCGUCGGAUUCUCAGCGCCGACCGGUGGUUUUCGCCGCGGACGCAGCUCCACCGGCAGAAAACCAUCUGAUUCAGCGGAUUCAAAGAGCUCUGGUGGAAUUGCGAGAGUUGAGAAACCAGUUUAAUGCCAUUCUUAGGGAACUAGAGCUCGAAGUGGGAGGAGAAGAAGAACAAGCGGAAUCAUCAGUGGAGGAUCCAGAGGACGACUCUGAUUCUUAUAGAAUUUGCGAUUUCCCGUCGUCACCACACCAGUCGCCGCCGAGCAUGGCUAAUUACUAUGACAUUGACGACAUACUUAUAGAGGAAGAGUUUGUCCCUGUUUUAUUCCAUAAACCAGCAAAUGGAGUGACUAUUGAUCCAAGUGCUGAGACAAGCUGUGUUCAACAAGGAGCCAAAGUUGAAUUGCCCUUCUGGCUUGCCCAUGAGUUGCAUUUGAGACAAGCUCUGUCCAUAAACCUUCCUCCCUGUUUCGACCAAAAGACGAGGCUGGAAAUACAAGCUGAUGCACCAUGUGUGGAUCUUAGAUCACGCUGUCCAUAUUUCUAUGAAUUUGGGUGCAAGUUAGAGCCAUUGGUUACAGAUAGAACGCUUGGGAUCUUGCUAUCGACUGCGUUUAAGACGAGAUACAAGGAGAGACUGACAAAAGUAUACACAGCAGCUCACAUAACAGCUUCCAAGUUCUUGCCACUCUUAACAAAAGAAGAAACAAACUUGUACGAAGCAGCUCACUUGUCUAUGACAGCCUUCAAGAAAUGGAGAACAGGAGGUCCUCGUUUCCAGAGAGCUUCAGUACUUGGAAGAAAACGCAAGGAAUCUUCUUAAAAUUUGAGGUCCCUAAACUCUUUAUUAGCUUCAUCAUCUUUAUUCUCUUUGAUGAUUCGAGUUGUUUGUGCUUGGCCAUUUUCAUCAUUACCAUCAUUAUAAUUAAUACUACAAUAGUGUGUGAUUGUACAAUAUUAACAUCUAAGAGAUGAUGUGACAACAUAAAAAUUAGGUCCUCUUUUUCGGUUAUUGCGUUAGAGAACACAAUACAUUUUGGUUGGAUUGAUGAUACAAUAACCUAAUCAUG